AUGAGACAGUAAAUUAAAGUAUGUGAAUAUAUUAAAUUAUUUUUAAAAGAUGGAUUUUAGCUUCAGAUCUUCUAUGAUUAUGUUAAGUAAUUAAUCAAGUUAUUUGAAUAUAGAAAUGAAAGCAACAAUCUGCUCAAUAUUUCCAGUAUAAUAUAUUAUUAGAAUUAUAGAAAAUGGCCUUAAAAGGUAAGUAUAAAAUAAUUAAAUUAAGAAUGUAUAAACCAAAAAUGAUAUAAUUAAAUAUUAUAGAAAAUCUAAUUCUAAACAAUAUUAAAUAAGUUGAAUCAUUCUAAAUUCAAAUAAAUAAUUUAAAAUCUAUGGUUCUUUAAUAAUUAGAUUAAUCGAAUAGUAACACUAAUGAUCAAAUGUUAAAAUAAACUCGAUCUAAAUACUCAGAAUAUAGUUUCUUCAAAGAAUUAGAUAUAAUAAUAAUCGAUUAAUAAAAUAAUAACAAAAUUAAAUUAAUUGUUAAAAUCAAGUUAAAAUAGUUAAUCAGCAUUGGAUUACAAAAGUCAAUUCUAAAUUAGAACAUUUUAAAUAAUUUUAAGAAUAUCAAUAAUUAAAGAAUAUUUUGAAGAAAUUAAAUCAAUAGUUAUAAAAUAUGUCUAUAGUUAAAUAACAAAAAAAAACUAUUGAGUCCAAAUGAAUUCUUAUUUAUUGAUGAUACAAUAGAAUAAAAAAGAAAUUUAUAAGGCAAUUGUAUUCGAUUGAACAGGGAAGAUUAUGAUCUCAACUUGUGGAAGUAAAAUUAUAUUUUAAAAAUGAAAAAAUUUAAAAAGAUCAGUCACUUUCACAACAUUAUAAUAUUGUUAAUUUCUUAGUAUAUAGUAAAUUUAAGAAUUAUUUUAUUUCUGGAUCAAUUAUUUUAUGGAAAUAAUUCAAUAAAAAUUAAUUGUAAGGUUCAAACCAUGUUAAUUAUUGAAACUCCAAAGAGUCUUUCAAAAAAAUACCUUUUAAGAUAUUUAGAUAGAAAUGUUUUAUUAAAUGAACAUAAAGCUAUGAAAUUAAAAUUUUGCAAAUUUAAUUGCCAUUCUAUUUUCUUAAAAAAAUAAAUUAAACCACUCUUCCGAAUAUAAGACUUAGAGAAAUAUACGAGUGAAAUACAUUCACUUACUCUUUGA